UUGACGAAACGAGCGCUAAUUGUUCUUGACUUUGAAUGGCUCAAUUACAUUUAAGUCAAGCUUCAGCAAAGCAGCAUGCAGGCGCGAAGGAAGCGCCGCGGAUCGGCAGGCUUCCCAAAACUGGAUUUAAUGUGCUGUUCGGCACCCAAAUUCACCGUGCGAAAAUACAGGUUUGCGGAAGGGCAAGAGGAGCACGAAAGAGAACACCCGAAAUCAGUGCUGGUGGUGCUUAUUCCAGAGGUUCUUGACCCCCAGUAUGGUAUGCAUGUUUGGCCUUGCGCGGUGGUUCUGGCCCAAUAUGUGUGGUUUCACAGAAGAUUAGUCUUUGAAAAGACCAUUUUGGAGCUUGGAGCAGGUGUGAGCCUUCCUGGAAUAGUGGCGGCAAGAUGUGGAGCUGAAAUUAUACUGUCAGAUAAUGCAGCACUUCCUCAGUGUCUGGACAACUGUCAUCGAAGCUGUCAGAUGAAUAAUCUCUCUGGGGUAUUGGUAACAGGACUCACCUGGGGUCAGAUAUCACCUGCCCUAUUGGCCUUGCCUCCAGUAGACAUUAUUUUGGCAUCAGAUGUAUUUUUUGAACCAGAAGACUUUGAAGAUGUGAUAAGUACUGUGCACUACUUAAUGGAGAAGAAUCCAUGUUCUCAGUUCUGGACUACUCAUCAAGUUAGAAGUGCUGACUGGUCUGUCCAAGGAUUACUCUACAAAUGGGAAAUGGAAAGCAUUUUUGUGCCCUUACAGUCAUUCGAGGCCAACAAGGAACAACUUGCAGACUCUCCUCUUCCAGGAAGACACACAAUUGAAAUGAUGGUCAUCACUAAAGUGACCAUGUAAGAGUUUGAAAACUACCUUAACAUUUCUAAAUAUACCAUGUGUUUCUUCGAAAAUUACUAAACUGAUGGACCUCCUGAUGCCACCUGAUAUUUUUGGCCACUGUGUGACAUAGUGUUGGACUGGAUGAGCCAUUGGCCUGAUCCAACAUUGGCUUCCGUUAUGUUCUUAAUGGUUGCUUUUUGUUGAAGUGCUUACAUUAAAACUACCUCAUCGACAUUUGUUAAUCAGGACCAAA